AUGUUGACUGUUGAAGGUGCACCUCCAUCUCGCACAAUUGCAAUUGAAGUUGCCGUUAACAUUUCUGGUGCUGCUUUGCGAAAGAAAUCGGCUGUCAUGGGUCUCCAGCUUGUGUCGGAAAAUGAGGGACAAGACAUUGUUAAGCAUGUCAAGCGUUGGAUUGAGCACGGGUUCGAUCCAUAUACCUCGUUGACUAAGGAUAUUGCCAAUGCGUAUUUCAAUCUACUCCCUGGAGAUACCCAGCAGCGGCGGCAAAACCUUGGCAUCGGAUGGCAGACCAGUUUCGUGAGGAACAAUAAGGAAUUGUCCGAGCUUUUUAAAGAACCAAAAUUCGAGCGAGACUCAGAAAGAAUACAGAGAGGGCACCAGAACGAUAGCGCCGAGAAGUUCUUUUCGAUAUACAGAGAUUUCAAGCUCCAACACCUGGUCGUUACCGAAGAUGUCCACGCCUUGGCAGAGGCUGCAUAUCGCACCAGCAUAUACAAGAAGACCAACCUAGUAUUUGGUCGACCAAAGAGAACGGCCACGCGAGCCGAAGAACGCCAAUUUUCUUCUGUUAUCCACUGUUGUUCGUCUCGAGGGAGACACCUGCUUCCUUACAUUGUCUGCAGGAGUAAGGAUCCUCCCCAGACCCGGGUUUUUCGAACAAUUACUAUUUCCUCCAACGAGUCAGGCUGGGCUGAGUAUGCACAUGCAUUGGAUUGGCUUAGGAAUAUUUUCGAGCCCAAAACCAGACCUCCACCUCGAUCUGACGGCUCCCCUCGAUGGAGAAUUCUUCUGGUGUCCCGUCGGUUUAGCGUGAGCCCGGAAUUUGAGCAAUAUUGCUGGAAGAAGAGCAUUCUUUGCCUUCCUUUCCCUCAGAAUGACCAGAAAUUCUUCAAUCCAAUGGAGAACAUUGCUCUCGGGGCUAUGAAAGCGAGCUAUACAGAUACGAUGAUGCAGAAGUUUGUGGACAAACAGAAGGUCUCAAUGGAGGUGGAGGACUUCGCCAGAUGGAUACAGGGGGAGAUCAACUCAUCCAAGAGAGCAGAGGAAGCCACAGAGUACUGGCGCAAGAGCUGUCUCAUCCCGCUAGAUGAAGAUCGUCUUCGCAACUGUUUGCAAGGGAAGCGACCUACGGCUGUGCCAGACGAAACAGACUCGAUUGCGAACAGAGGCCCUGGCUUGCCUCGCGCACGCUCCAGAAGUCCUAUGGACCAGACGCCCAUGACAUCAUGUACCCUCAGUGCAGAAUCCACACCUCGGACGAGUGUGUCUCUGCCGAUUCUUCCCACCAUCGAGGUAGGGAAGCGAGAUUCCACCGUCGAGCCAUCAUAUGUGCAAUUCCCCGACAGCCAACAGGAGGACAUUAACCCUUCGACAAACGAUCAUACUGAAGGCGACAGCUCAUCGGACAAUGAGAGCGAAAUCGAGAAUGAUUCAGCCAGUGUCUCUCAUGUCUCUCAAUCGGUGACUCCAUCAAGGACACCACGGCGACCAAAGACCGCGCCGAAGACCCCCAAGUCGGCCAGGCCAAAGUCUCUAGACUCAGAACCGUGUGGUUUAGUCAUGUCUGCCCAAAGGCACUGUGACACCUUGGAUGGGUGCCUUGAUGGGACACCUCGCACCCGAAAAAGAUUGAGGGACGCUCUGAUGAUUGAUCGUUGCGAGUUAGAGAAGGAGAAUGCCCAACUAAAAGCCAAGGUUGAUAUUCUGACGAAAUUUAUGUCUGUUAAGAAGCAGAGGGCUGACUGA